GAAAAAAAAAUCUUAAAUAAAUAAAUCAUUUUUUUACAGGCCUACACUACAUGGACGAGCUCGCCUUACAUAUUCUUCGCGUUGAAUCUGCCGAAAAUACUUCAACGAAAGCCCGUCGACGAAAAUCGGCCGGAACAAUCCAAGUCAAGCCGAUCCACAGCCUGAUGGAUGGGCAAUCGUCAACGUCUGGUGAUCGCCAUAGGCGGGACAUUGUUGAAGGUUUCAAGUUUCCCAUCGCCGACGCAGACACUGUUGAGCGACUCGAAGUGGCCGUUCGCAAGAACAAACAAACUCGUGAUGAAUAUGUUAGUUUGUUACACUCGUUAAGGUCCAACAACAGCACAAAUAACCCAGAGAUAUUAAGCAAAGUGUACAGCGACGUUGCCCUCUACAACUACAGCGUGAACAGAAGUGAGCGAUACCGCAAAAAGGCAAUGAAAACGUACACCAUAUUUUGGGAUUGCAUACUCGAGGCCUGGACGGAGUUUGGUGUCAAAGCGGAUACAUUGGAAACUUAUCUAACUCGAGUGAUCCAUCUCGUGAACCACCGUAGACGAAAUCGAAAGUAUCGCAGCUAUCCAAAUAAAGCUAAAUAAUCUGACAGAAGCGAAAUAAAUCCCAAACUGCAGUACUAGAAUCAACUGCUUUUAUGUCUUGAAAACUGAUCUAACGCAAUUCUAAGUAAUUUAAUUUAAUAAUUUUCCACUCUCUUCACAGCACGCCCUGGCUCGUCAUUGAAAAUCGUGAAAGUUCGCUCGUUUGCAGUUGACAAGAACCGGUUAAACCCGAGCCCACGCCUGUCUUGGAGUGUGGACACUGCUCAAAGUGAAACCACCUUAAAAGAUCAAACCGGUGCCAAUGAGAUCAAGUCCAUUUCGUACCCGAUUCCGGAUGAACUGACCGUCGAGCUCCUAGAGGCUGCCGUACGCAACGACAAGGAUGUAUGGAAUAAAUACGUUGCUUUUUUACGUUCGAUCAAACCGAAAGACGCCGAAAUUACAGCCAUCUUUAGCAAAGUGUUCUGCGACAAUGCGCUCCACAACUACAACGUGAAUCGAAGUGAUCGGUACCGCAAAAAGCCGAUGAAAACGUAUGCCGUAUUCUGGGACUGUAUGCUUGAGGCUUGGCAGGAGCAUGGAGUCGAACCGGUGGGCUUGGAUUCGCAACUAACGCGAGUGAUGUAUCUGUUCAACAAACGCAAACUUAAUCGCAAGUAUCGGUAUGGAAUUAAUGCCAUGUGAGGUACUAGAGUGUUUAGUGCAUUUCGAAUAAAAUAAAUUAGUUGGUACCUCA